GUGGCGUUUUGAUCGGAAAUGUGAUAUGGACGCGGGCGUGGGAAGGAAAGACAGGAUUUGUCUGCCACUGUCGUAAGACUUCGCUGUGAGCUAGGCGUUACCGAUAGCGCAUGCCUGUCAACCCAGCGCUUGCAAGCUGGAGGCCGGAGGAUCAGCUCAAGGUCCUUGCUAUUUAGUACAUUUGAAACCAGCCGGGGCUACUUGAGACCCCGCCUCAAAAACAAAGCCGGGUGUGAAUUACACCUGUCACUCCAGCAUUUGGGAAAGAGAGACUGGAAAAUCGGGAACUUUCGGCAAUCUAGCAAGCUCGAGAGCAGCCUGGGAUACAUGAGAAAAAAAAAAACAAAAAACAAAAACUCCUGAAAGUAAUUCCCGAAAGAAGAUAAUAGAGAGCUAUGCUGUUCAACAUUCGGCCCUAUUUCCUUCUCCACCGCAUGUUUCCCCCCGGAGGACAAUAAGAUGAGAACCUCUUCCGGCUGAGGAAACAUGGCAGCGACUUACAGUAGGGACCACAUUUGGGACAGGACCAUGCGGCACUUCCGUUUGCAGCCCAGAUCCUGUAUCAUGCGGUGCUGCUGAGUUCCAGCCAUGGGGUCUUCGGGCCUGGCUCGCCUGCAGGGCCUCUUCGCGGUCUAUAAACCUCCCGGCAUGAAAUGGCUGCACGCGCGGGAGACCGUGGAGCUGCAGCUGCUGAAAGGUCUCAAUGCAGCGAAGCCUCCUGCUCCUGAACAGCGUGUUCGCUUCUUGCUAGGCCCUGUGGAAGGCAGUGAAGAGAAAAAGUUGACACUCACAGCCACCAGUGUGCCCACCCUCACUACCCACAGACUUGUACGUGGCCCAGCAUUCACUAGCCUGAAGAUUGGUGUUGGACAUCACUUGGAUGCCCGGGCUUCUGGUGUGCUUGUGCUCGCUGUGGGACAUGGACUCAGACUGCUCACCGACGUGUAUGAUGCUCACCUCACCAAGGAUUAUACAGUGCGAGGCCUCCUAGGCAAAGCUACAGACAGCUUCUGUGAAGAUGGGCGGCUGAUAGAGAAGACGACAUACGACCACGUGACGAGAGAAAUGCUGGACCGGAUCCUGGCUAGAAUCCAAGGCUCCCACCAAAAGGCACUGGUGAUGUACUCCAACCUGGACCUGAAGUCCCAGGAGGCCUAUGAGAUGGCCGUGCAGGGUGUGAUCCGGCCCAUGAACAAGUCCCCGAUGCUCAUCACUGGUACCCGCUGCCUGCACUUUGCACCUCCUGAGUUCCUUUUAGAAGUGCAGUGUAUGCAUGAGACCCAGCAGCAGCUGAGGAAGCUGGUGCAUGAAAUUGGCCUGGAGCUGAAGACUGCCGCUGUCUGCACGCAAGUGCGGCGCACUCGCGAUGGCUUCUUCAGGCUGGAUGAUGCCCUCCUGAGAACCCAGUGGAAUCUACAUAGCAUCCAGGGUGCCAUCCAGUCUGCAGCCCCCCGGGUGGCAGCAGAGCUGGAAAGGAACUUGAGACUGAGGUUGGGCCACCAGCAGCUCCCCAGUGCUGGGCAGCCUUGGGGCUCCAAGGACCCAAGCUCCACUGUGGAGGUGGAAAGCUAUUCGGGGCAGUGAAUGCCUGGAUGUGGGUGGGCAAAGACAAAGGCUCUUCACAAGUCAGAGCUGUUGACUGUGCAGAGUGAGAUCAAGGGCCUGAGUAGUGCCCACGCCUGCCAUCCAAUGAAACAAAAACGAAAAAGGGAAUCUUUCUACUUGAGACACACUGCAGAGAUGAACUGUGUGUGGUGGCAGAGCCUAUCAUCUGGGCUAUUCUGGAAGCUUAGGCUAGAAUCUUGACAGUUCAAGGCCAGCCUAGGGUUAUACAGUGAAACUGUGUCUCAAAAAUCAAAUCAGAGUCAGGCAUGAUGGCUCAGACUUGUAAUUACAGCACUCAGGAGGUAGAAACAGAAGAUCAGGAGUUCAAUGCAGCACUCAGGAGGUAGAGACAGAAGAUCAGGAGUUCAAGGCCAUCCUUGGCCACAUAGUGAGUUUAAGGCCAGUCUGGGCUGCUUCCAGUGUUUAGCUUUUCACAGAGAUGGGGAAUAUUACCUCAACACCUAAUGACCACUGAUGAUUUAUUUAGAUUCUUAUGGCUGACUAUCUGAAUGUGUUUAUACUUUAAGGAAAAGUCUUUUCACUGUUUUAAAGUGGUGUCUCACCUGUGAUCUCAGUACUAAGCUGAGGCAGGAGGAUGGCUCUGAGUUUGAGGCCAGCCUGCAUUACUUUUUGGAAUUUUCUGUAGUGCAUGUCAGUAUUUAAUCCUUUUGACAGUCAUAGUGUGAACCUGGGUUGUGGAGGCAGGAGGAUCAGGAGUUCAAGGUCAUCUUUGGCUUCAUGAGUUCUAGGCUACAUGAAACCCUAACUCCAAAAUAAAAAGCCCAAAAUUACUUUUAAAA